AUGUCUCUUUCUAUUAACUACCAAAAUACUUUAAAAGUCCCGUUUCCCCCAACCAUUAGUGUAGAUGAAAUUGUAAAUAUUCAUUUAAAAAAUAAUAUUAAAAAUGUUAAUGAAACCAUGAAUGCAUUCAUGAUUUAUCGAAAAGAAUAUAAUUAUAUAGUUGCAAAAUUUAAUCUUUCAAGUAAAGAUUUAUCGAAAUUUGUCAGCAUUUCAUGGCAAAAUGAGCCAGAACAUGUCAAAGACUAUUACCGACAGAUGGCAAAAAAUGUAAAAAAUUGUACAGUUAAUCCUUCACUUCUUAAAAGAUAG